CUCAUGCUCGAUGAAACGCUGGAUACGGAACCGUUAGCUCCGGGCGCUAUGAAGAUGCAGCCGAACACUUUCUCAGACCCGAGCUUGAGCGCGAACAGGCUGUAGGAACCGCCGAAAAGUUUGACUCAGUCGUGGGAGAAGAAGCAGGAGCUGGACACGGUGAUUAUGUGCUAAACACGGGGACGGAAUGGAGUCGGUAACGGGGAGCAGCGGGAGCCGCGGUGGCCGGAGGCGGCGUCUCUUCAGGCGGCUGUGCUGCGCUGGAAUCGGGCUGCUCGCGCUCGCCUGUCUCGCGCACCUUCAGCACCUUUCAGAGACCAAGGCUUCAGAUGUCGACCACAACUGGACCGGACGCAAGUUGAUGCAAGAAAGACACGAGAACAACACACAUGAACUUCAGCGAGCAGCCAUCCAUGAGUUCCCUGAAGACAUCUUUACUAAGGAGCAGAGGAAGAGAGGAGCAGUGCUGCUUCAUGUACUGUGUGCCAUCUAUAUGUUCUACGCUCUAGCGAUUGUCUGUGAUGACUUCUUCGUCCCCUCCCUGGAGAAGAUAUCUGAGAAUCUGCACCUGAGUGAGGAUGUGGCCGGGGCAACCUUCAUGGCUGCUGGAAGCUCUGCUCCUGAGCUCUUCACCUCCCUUAUUGGAGUGUUUAUCACUAAGGGAGAUGUAGGGGUGGGGACAAUCGUUGGGUCUGCUGUCUUCAACAUCCUAGUCAUCAUCGGAGUGUGUGGCAUCUUUGCUGGUCAGACGGUGGCUCUUACCUGGUGGUCUUUGUUUCGAGACUCGUUCUACUAUAUCCUCUCAGUUCUGGCUUUAAUCUUGGUCAUCUAUGAUGAGAGGGUUGUGUGGUGGGAGUCCAUUCUCCUGAUCUCUAUGUACGGAGUUUACAUUCUCAUCAUGAAGUUCAACACUCAGAUUGCGAGCUUUGUGAAACAGCGUUUCAGGGGUCCGGGUCGGUGCUGUAUCAGAGGAGAGACACCUAGGAAUGAGGACACUGUGGAGGACGGAGCAAACUGCAAUACCUCAAUGGUGCUUCUUAGAAAAGGUCAGCCAGGUGCAGCUCAGCAGGAGUCUCCAGUAAUGAUGGUGGAUGAGCUACUGAUCCUCAAACCUCACCAGCUCUCGUUUUCAGAGGCCGGGCUUCGCAUCAUGAUCACUCCGCAUUUCUCACCCCGUACCCGCCUCAGCAUGGCCGGUCGUGUCCUCAUCAGCGAAAGGCAGAGACUGAUCAGGGAAUCAGGAGUCAGGGGAAGCUCAGUAAAGACAUUCGGUUCUGGUGGAAUUGAGAAUGGAGGAAGCAUCGAGAGACCCCUGCAGGAUGGAGAGAGAAUAGAGCAGGAUGCAGGAGGGAAAGCAGUGGAUCUUUCUCAUCCUGAGGACGACGAGGAUGGAGAUGAAACCUUUAGGCCAUUUCAAGUUCCAGGUGGUUGUGCAGCCCGUGUUAAGUGGGUAGUGUCGUGGCCGCUUGGAGUGCUGCUGUACUGCACAGUGCCUAACUGCCUUUUACCUCGCUGGCAUCGCUGGUUUAUGGUUACCUUCAUCACCUCCACGCUCUGGAUUGCCAUCUUCUCUUACCAGAUGGUGUGGAUGGUCACAAUUAUCAGCUACACUUUAGACAUCCCUGAUUAUAUCAUGGGCAUCACCUUCUUGGCAGCGGGCACCAGUGUACCAGAUUGCAUGGCGAGUCUCAUCGUAGCCCGGCAAGGUAUGGGAGACAUGGCAGUAUCUAACUCCAUAGGCAGCAAUAUUUUUGACAUCUUGCUGGGACUGGGCUUCCCAUGGAUGCUCAGAACACUUGUGGUGGACCACGGAUCAUCAGUCUUCAUCAACAAUAAGGGUCUGGUGUACUCAGUCGUUCUUCUACUAGCAUCUGUCUUCCUCACAGUCAUGAGCGUACACCUGAACGGCUGGAAGCUGGACCGGCGUCUGGGUUUGGGCCUCAUGCUGCUUUAUUCGAUCUUUCUUCUCUGCUCCAUCUUGUUUGGUCAGCUCUAGAGAAUUCUGUACACACGAUUUAACCUACAUCCACAUCCAUCAGUCAAACUGCUUUAUUUUUUCUGCUCCGAGUUUGAUACAUUUUGGGCGGUUUACACUGGACUUUGGCAUUACCGGAACUGAACCUAAUACCAGGGGUACCAGUGGAGUGAAAGAUCGACAGACUGACUAAUCACUCAGAAGUAAAGCUUCUGAUUCUGUCUUUCCUUAUCAGUUCAAUGCAGGCAGUAUGCUGUUUUACAAUUAGCACAGGGUUUCAGAAACGAUGGUUCAUAAGUAACACUGUACUGAUUACUGCAUAACGUGAAGAAGAGGCCUAGAUUCCACCUCAUGUGGACAGAAGUGGUGCUUACAUUGGAUGAGACUAGUGCUAUACACUAUAUCAGUGUUCCGAGUUGAGUUUAGAGUUAGCAUUGCUCCUAAUACUAAAUUUUCAGUUUUUUCUAACUUAUGUUUAACAUACAAAGCUACCAGUCUCCACAUUUCAGCAAAUGUUCUGAUUUGAGACAAAUCGGACCCCCAACACUUAACAAAUUAGAACUUUUACUUGAGUGUCAAUUAUGUAGCCCUUACCAUUGCAUAAAAUAAAUCUAAAAUGCUCUCCAUCUUUUUCCCCCUCACUCAAAACAUUACCGUUACACUUACAUUAAUGUUCCCGGGGUUUUGGAUAAACAUGGCAGCUCCAAAGAAAUUGAAAAUAGACAGCGAAUGCAGAAGAUUUCAGGCUUGCUGGAAAAACGAAUAUUUCUUCACUGAGUUCAGAGGGAAGUGGGUACGUUUAAUUCAAAGAAAUAUAAUAAUCUUCCCAUUAGGAUUAUAAACUAGUGAGUGAAUUUGGCAAAAUGUUAGUUUACAC